AUGACUAGCUCGGCAGCCGCGAAGAAGAAACGCAUCCGAGUAUGGACGCCUGAAGACCGUGCCGCUCACCGCGUCUUCGAAAAAUCUCGCCGUGAAGCAUUCAAUGAUGGCUUGAUCGAACUAGCCCGACAGGUACCUUCAUUGGCUGGUACGAGACGUCUCAACAAACACAUGAUUGUUGAGCACAGCAUUGCCCGGCACCAAGCUCAGAGGGAGCUAUGUUUAUCCGCCGCCCAGGAUUUCCGAGCGUUGCUUGCUGAACGGGAUGAAUUGCUAGCUGAGGUCAAUCAGUGGCGAUCGGCGAGCGGAGCUACAUUUCCGCCAAGGGAAGCUAGGCCCGUAGGGCAGCAGUGCCGGAGCCUACUCGGCGUCGAGAAAGAAACAUUCGGAGUUUUCCCGAAUGGUUUUGGCGACAAUCCACCUGAAGGAGGCUCUGGGGACGACCAGGAGUAUGAAGAGGCAGGGUACAACACUGCCGACGAUGCAGGAGCAUGUCUACCUACUGUAAUGGAAAUGCCCCCGGAUGAUCAGCGUAUUCAGACGGGUUCCGAUGAACCUCUGAUCUCCCCUGGCGAUCAAAUCCACGGUUUGUUUGAUAUUCCGCCUUCGUCCAUCGACGCCGCAAACUCUAGGCUGUGCGCUUUUGAGCGCGCGCCCGGCGGACAAUCGCACUUAGAUUACGGAAGCUUGCUCAGUCAUGACGCUAGCUUCAACGACCAUAACGAUGCUACCACGAUCCUCGAGUCCAUGCCACCAAUGUCAGGCCCCGACAACAGUUCGUCGCAUGGAACCUUUCGAUACGAUUUACGGAAUGGAUUUCAGCUUCCCGUGUCUAACGAAAUGGCUCCAACGAUGCCGCAUACCAAUUCUAUCUAUGAGCCGUUCAAUCAUAUGCAUCUACAACACGCGCAAGAAGAUUUCGAUCCACAUCCUCCCGUUUUCCUGACCUGA